AUGCCUGUACUUGUAUCGAGCCAAAACGUCUCAUCAACAACAACCAACAACAACAAUAACAACAACCAAUCAACCAAUGAAUCCAAUCUGAAAACCAUCAAAAUCCCCAUCGAACUCCAAAAAUCACUUCUCCCUUCCAAUCUCUUAUCCGAAAAUGAACAUUCAUCCUCCUCAGGUGUCCUCUUACAGGAACAAGUCAUUCAACAAUUAAUGGACUAUCGAGAGGAAUCAUUGGCGAAGGCCUACAUGAUGCUCAACGUUCCGUUACCACCCAACUUACCCACACUAAAAGAUUCCUUUACCGCCAAUGCUCAACUGAUACAACCGACGACGAACAAUUAUCAUCAUCAUCAUGUAAAAGAGAAUCAUACUCCCACACAAACACUCUCACAAUUUUAUAAUGAAAAUCCCAAAGUUGAGAAAUUGAAACCAGCCACACAAGAUAAAUUCCAUCAAACUGAAUUGAAGAAGGUAACCAAACAAAUACAGAAUCAGGUCGAGAAGGCUAUCGUGAACAAUGCUGUUGCGUCCUCACAAACGGAGAGUGCAGCCUUGUUGGAUCGGGAACAAUGGAUGGCACGAGCUCUCAAGAGAAAUCCGAAUGUGUUGGCUCUCAUGGAGAGAAUGCGUCCAUUGAGUAAACAAUCCAGUCAUAGUGCUACUUUGAUGCAACACAGUGAAACUGGAGGUUUUUCAUCAUCUUCAAAGGCUUCUUCGACUAGUUUUAGAAAAUUGAAGAGUCAGGCUUCCAUCAGCUCCGAUCCCAACUCUCCUCGGGUGAGUACUGGAGCGAAUGGACCAUUGCAGAGAAAUCCAAGCGAGACUAAUAUUGGUGGAUCCAUCAAUAUGAAUUUGUUGAAUGGUGCUCCAGGUACUGGCUUUGAAGCUGGAACAAGAGAUUCUGUGCCUGGUGGUGCUACUGGAUCCACGAAUUCGAUUUCUGCACUCACCUCGAAUCCUGCAGGUCUCUCACUCUUGAUGGGUAUGACAGAUGGUAACGGAGACAUGACAGGAGCAACCAAUGAUCAAGAGAAACAAAAACGAAGCGCUCUCGAUUACGCUGAUGUGUUGGGAACUGUUGAAAACAGAGAAGUGUUGUCUCGUGAGGUACUUUUACAAUUGGUCUAUCAACAUUUAUCACAACGUGGAUUGUAUGAAACUAUUGCAGUCAUGGAAGAGGAAACUGGAAUCAAGUACAAUGGACAUAGAUCGGAUAAAACUGAUACCAAAGAUUCAUUGAUUACAACUCUGCUCUGUCUUGGCAUUAAAGAUAUUGAGAAACCAUAUGUAUUGCCUCAGUCAGAUUUGAUCGAUCUUGACACAGAUGUUGAAGUUCAAACAGCCAGUAUUUAUCAUCACUUUGAAGAGGAUGAUGUUGGUGACAUGAGAAAACCAUUGUGGGCUGAAUUAUUGAGCAAUGAAGAUGAUAACAUUGAUUUUGUUGGAUCCGAAUUGAAGAGUGCUUCUCUUAACAAACUAAUUGAAAGAUUGACAAAUCCAGAUACAGAUGCCAGAUUCAUUCAAUGCUUCCUUGUAACAUAUCGCUCAUUUACAGUUCCAGAAAUUUUACUUCACAAACUUUGUCAAAGAUAUCGAGUUCCAAAGUGUCCAAAACAUAUUUCUCCUGAAGUAUGGAACAAAAACAAGGAAACCAUUCAAAUUAGAACAGGUAACAUUUUUACCAAAUGGAUUGAUGAAUUUUUCACACUUGAUUGGAAUGAAAACAUGAUUCGUGAGGUUACUGUCUUCAUUGAAGAUUUCCUUCUCAAGCACAAACAAACUAGCAAAAUGGGUCUCAGAAUUCGAGGAAGGCUUGCUCAAAAAUUAGCCAGCAGCAGAAAUAAGGAAGAAAAGCUUAGCUUUAGCGAGAUACCUGUUCCUCCAGUCGUACCUGCUACUGUAUUUUCACCAAAAUUAUCAAUUUGGGAUAUUAGAGAAGAUGAAUUGGCAAAACAAAUUACGUAUAUGGAUCACAAUUUGUAUCGUAACAUUGAAGCUCACGAAUUGUUGAACUGUUCAUGGUCCAAACCAAAGCUCAAACACCGUUCUAAAAAUGUCAUCAAAAGUAUUGACUUCUUCAACAGACUUUCUAACUGGUUUGCUACACAAAUCACUCAUGAAGAAUCUUUUAGAGAAAGAAAAGCAAAACUUGCCAAAUUGAUGAAUCUUGCUAAACACAUGUUUAGGUUAAACAAUUUCAACAGUUUGAUGGCUUUGAAUAGUGCUUACGAAAAUUCUGCCGUUCACCGUUUGAAUAUGAGCAUUAACGAAAUUGAUGAGAAGUUGAGGGAAGAAUUCACAGCAUGCUGCAAAGUAAUGGCACCAGACUCUUCUUUCAAAACUUACCGUACUCACAUUAAGCAAGAAGUGAAACCUCCAUUGAACAUUUAUCUUGGUAUUUAUCUCACUGACUUGACAUUUAUUGAAGAUGGUAACCCAGAUAUGAUUAAACAUUCCAAGACUAACAGAAUGUUGAUCAAUUAUAAGAAGAGACAACUCGUUGCCAAUCAAAUUGCAGAGGUGAUGCAAUACAAGAAUCCACCUUACAACAUUCAACAUGUACACCAAAUUCAAGAGCUAUUACGAAACACUCUUCACAAUCACCAAAUCAUUGAUGAUAAGGUUCUUCAUACUAAAUCAGUACAAGUAGAACCAAGAGGCGCAAGAAGAGAAGAUUUGAAGCCAUAA